GGUUGAGUGCGCGCCAGGCACGGCGAGCGAUGGAGCGCGGGGCCGUGCGGGGCAUGGCGGCCCGACUGGGCCUGGCCGAGCCCGCCCUGCUCAGAAAAGCUGAGGAGUAUCUGCGGCUGUCCCAGGUGAAGUGCACAGGGUUAAUGGCUCAGAUGACGGCGACGAGCAGUGCUGUGAUGUGCCUGGACCUGGCGGCGAGUUUCAUGAAACAACCGGUUGACAAAAGCUAUUGUGUCAAACUCUCUGGUUUGAACAAGACCACCUACCAGAGCUCCAUGAAGUCUUUGGAGUGUUUGCUAGGGGUGAACCAAAGGCUGGGGAUGCGAGACUUGGCUGUGCAGUUCUGCUGCUCAGAGGCAGUGAACAUGGCUUCAGAGAUCCUGCAGAGGUAUGAGUGCAGCCUCUCGGAAGCACAGCGAGUGGACCUGGAUUUCUCCAAACCCCUGUUCCUAACAGCUGCUCUGUGCACUGCAUGCAGAUGUUUGAAGCUAAAAGUGGACAAAACUAAAAUGGUGGCUACAUCUGGAGUGAAAAAAGCAAUAUUUGACCGGCUGUGCAAUCAGCUGGAGAAGAUAAGCCAGCAGCUCAGCAAAGCUGUUCCACUGGCUGCAGAGACACCUGACAGCUUGCAGAGCACCCUGGAGCAGUGUGAGCAGGAAGAUGGCUCUGAAGAGGAUGAGGAACUGCCAUGUAAACAGCCAAAGACUGAAACUAUUCAGGACUAUGAGGAAUGGAAAAAGAAAAUCCUGGAAAAUGCUGCUAAGGCACAAGAAACAAGGAGUACUGACUCUGUAAUGCCACCCAGUAAUGUAACUGCUGCUUGCUCUUGAUUUUAACUCUCCCUCUGCUCUAACAAGAGAUCCUGUAGUGUGUGCAUGAUGGCUGCCUGGCAGACAGCUGAUUUUAUUUAGGUUUUAAGUAUUUAAGAAUGUUAUUUUCAAUAAAUGACACCAUGGAGUGGUGGGAUUUUA